GACUGAAUCAAGAGGUAAAUAAUCAGAUAUUUCAAGAAAAGGAAAAAAAAAGUAAAUGAAACCAUAAUGCAGAGUUCAGUAAAAUCCCUUGGUUUGAAAAUCCGAUCUAUUGGUAAAAAUCAAACAUCCCAACCAGCAGGAGCCGUCACACCAGAACGAGCUUCUCCGAACAAUGCUGUUAAUGAUGGCACUGUGAUGUUAAGCCAUGGAUUCUGUCUGGCACACAAACUCGGCUCUGGUAGCUACUCCAAGGUACGAAUGGCCGUGCACAAGACAACCCGUAAGCGUGUCGCCGUCAAGAUCAUUGACCGAAGACGAGCACCUCGCGAUUACCAAGAUCAUUUUCUCCCUAGAGAACUGGCCGUCAUUCGUCAGCUUCAGCAUCCUAAUGUUCUCCGCACCUAUGAGUGGUUUGAACAAAAUCAAAAAGUUUAUAUGGUUUUAGAAUUAGCGGAAUCUGGUGAUGUUUUGGAGUAUAUCCGCACGGUCACCAAGGGUGCCGUCCCCGAGGUUCUUGCGAGAAAAUGGUCUCUCCAGACUGGAAGAGCUCUUCUCUACAUGCAUGGGAUGGACGUGGUACAUCGCGACGUAAAGUGUGAAAACCUUCUGCUUGAUCGCUGCAACAACAUCAAACUCACUGACUUCGGCUUCGUGAGGUCAGUCGGGAAGGGUAGCCUAAGCAAGACCUUCUGUGGAUCUGCGGCUUAUGCUGCUCCUGAGAUCAUCCGCUCCGUGCCUUAUUGUCCUUUAAAGAGUGACGUGUGGGCUUUGGGCGUGGUCAUCUACAUCCUAGUUGUUGGAUGCAUGCCCUUCGGAGAUGACGUCAAGAACAUCAAGAAAAUUCUACACCAGCAGUAUUCAGGAGCACACUUUGACGCCAGCAAGAACACUGCCGUCAGAGACGAGUGCCGGGACCUGAUCAGAAGCAUGCUGACCAUAUCCCCUAAGGCCAGGCUUACACUAGGAGAGGUGAUGGAGAGCGAGUGGCUUAAUCAAGUUCAAAUUUCUUAGAGCAAACUGAAAGAAAAUGAUAUUAGAAGGACUUCCGAUUUCGGUCUAUAUAUUGACCAAGAGAAUAACAAGUUUAUGUUUAUUUCUCGUUUGGUAUCUGGAUAAACUCUGACUUGUCAAACUGAAAUUGAUAUCAACAAUUCUUUGAACGAACACCAAUGCAGCAUGGAUCGGAGAUAUGUUUCGUGGACGUGAAAUUUACUGACAUUUAACAUGGAUAAUAACUAACUUUGGGUUUGGUGAAAAAAGGUUAUCGACAAAAAUAUUCAAUGAAUUACAUGAAAAGAAAAAAAAA